AUGGGCAAACUUAUUCGCCUGGAGCUUUUCAAUUUCAAGUCCUACAAAGGACACCAUACGCUACUCUUCGGAGAUGCGUACUUCACAUCGAUCAUUGGGCCCAAUGGGUCUGGCAAGUCGAAUUCUAUGGAUGCCAUCUCUUUCGUUUUAGGAAUCAAGUCUUCUCACCUGCGAUCGACCAACCUCCGCGAUCUCGUCUACCGUGGACGUGUACUGCGCACAUCGAAGGUUGACGGUGCGCCUCCUGCCAAUGGAGAGAACGGCGAGCCAGAGGAGGCGGAUGAGGAUGAGGACGAGGAUAUGGAUGCGUCGCAAGACGCAGGUGGCCCGAAUGAUCCUAAGACUGCCUGGGUUAUGGCCUGCUAUGAAGAUGACGCCGGUGACGAGCAGCAAUGGCGUCGUUCUAUCACCAGCCAAGGUGCCAGCGAAUAUCGCAUCAACAACAAAAUUGUCACUGCUCAGCAAUACAACGAGGCUUUGGAGGCUGAAAACAUCUUGAUUCGCGCGCGCAACUUCCUUGUGUUCCAGGGAGAUGUUGAGGCUAUUGCCUCUCAAUCGCCUCGAGACCUUACUCGGCUAAUCGAGCAGAUUUCUGGCAGUUUGGAGUACAAGGCCGAUUAUGAGAAAUUGAAGGCGGAGGCAGAUGAGGCGGCUGAACAGCAGACCGUUCAACUCAACCGCCGAAGAGGCAUCAACUCCGAGGUCAAGCAGUACCAGGAGCAGAAGCGAGAAGCCGAGAACUACGCCAAGAAGGCCGAGGAACGUGACCAAGCAAUCAUUACACAUAUUCUUUGGAAGCUCUUCCACUUUCAACGCCUGAUCGACGACUCGAGUGCCGACAUCCAGAAGCACCAGGAUGAGCUUAAGGAAUACCGCCGUGGCGUCGAGAAGUAUGAGACGAAUGUCGAGAAUGCCAAGAAGGAGCACGCCCGUGUUGGCCGGGACGUUGGCAAGGCCGAGAAGAACAUCCUGAAAAAGGAGAAGGAUAUCGAAGAACUCAACAACUCCUUGGUCCCCGUCGAUGAAAAGAUCGACAUCACCCAGAAAAAGGUCGAGCGGUAUGCUUCAAAAAUCGACGAGAUCGCCAAGGAGCGUGAGACCUACUCCAAUGGCGCUAAGAAGCUCGAGAAGGAUUUGAAGCUUGUUGAGAAAGCUCAGGCUCAAUGGGAGACUGAGUGGAAAAAGACUACGAACAAGCAGGGCGUGCAGCUGAGCGAAAGUGACCAGCAAGAAUACCACAAGCUUCGGGAGGAGGUUAGCAAACGCUCUUCCUCGGACCAAUUAAACCUCGACAACCUCCAGCGACAAAGAAAGACCGAGGCAGAAGCUGUCAACAGUCUGAAGGGCAAGUUCGAGAAUACUGAGUGGCAGCUUAAAAACUUGGAGUCUGAUGCUCAAAACAUGAAUGAGCGCAAGGCGGCUCUUACCGAAACAAACAAAACCACAUCCAAGAACAUCGACCGCAAGAAAAAAGAGCUUAACACCUUGACAUCGGAGCGCUUGAAGGUCUCGCAAAUGAGAACAGAACUCGAGGAGAAGCUACAGGUUGUGCUGAGGAAGCUACUUGAGGCCGACAAUGGAAAGAAGCAAAACGAGCGCGAGCUGCGCGCCAAAGAGAUGAUCUCAACUCUCAAGCGUAUUUUCCCCGGUGUAAAGGGCCGCGUCAGUGAUCUUUGCAGGCCCAAACAGCGCAAGUAUGCCGAGGCAGUUAGCACCGUCCUAGGCCGCCAUUUCGAUGCUAUUGUGGUGGACAACGAGAAGACUGCCAAGGAAUGCAUUCAGCAUCUUCGCGACCAGCGCGCAGGUCUUGCUACUUUUCUGCCUUUGGAAACUAUCCAGGUCAAGCCUGUCAACUCCAACUUGAAGGGCAUGCACCGAAAUAUGCGCCCGGCUAUUGAGACCAUCGACUAUGAAGACUGGGUCGCUCGUGCCAUUAGCUACGCCUGCGGGAACUCGAUUGUUUGUGAUGAUCUAGAGACAGCUAAGUAUCUUUGCUACGAGAGGAACGUUGAUGCUAAGGCUGUCACCCUUGAUGGCACCGUGAUUCACAAGGGUGGUCUCAUGACCGGUGGACGAGGCCCCCAGCAAAACUCCAAGCGUUGGGAAGAUUCCGAGGUCGAGAAUCUUUAUAAGCUAAAGGAUAAGUUGUUGGGCGAUCUCGGCAGUCUCCCUAAGAGCCACCACCGUGGAUCAGAGGAGGAGACUCUGCAGGGUGAACUGGUUGGUCUGGAGCAGCGACUGAACUAUUCCCGCGAGGAGUUGAAGGCACUUGAAAGAAACGUCAAGAGCAAGCACAGUGAGCUGGACUUUGUUAAGCGCCAGAUGGAGGACCUGCGCCCCAAAUAUACCGAGCGCAAGGAGAAUCUCGAUGAGCUGGACCAAACUAUUGAAGUCUCUCAAUCCUCGGUUAGUGCAGUUGAAGAUGAGAUCUACAAGAAGUUCUGCAAGCGUCUUGGAUAUGAUAAUAUCCGUGAAUAUGAAGCCCAGCAGGGUUCGCUGCAGGAGGAAGCUGCGCAAAAGAAACUUGAAUUCACCACUCAAAAGAGCCGCAUUGAGAACCAGCUCAGUUUCGAAAUGCAGCGGAUCCAGGCGACCCAAGAGCGUGUCAGCGGCCUCGAGGCCCAGUAUGAGCGCGAUAUGAGUCUUAUUCAGGAGCUUAGGGGCCAACAGGACGAGAUUCGAAACAGGCUAGACGAGUUCGGUGCUGAGCUUGAGCUUCUCCGGGAAGCUCUUGAGCAGCAGAAGGAAAUAUAUGCACAGGCAGCAGAAAAUCUAGCCGAGCAGCGAAGAGAACUCCAGAAGCGAAGCAAGCAUGUCGAAGCAGCGCUUAAGAGCAUUAAUGUUCUUGAAGCAGAAAUCCAGCGCAAUUCAUCUGGCCGUUACGCCCUCCUGCGUCGAUGCAAGCUUGAAGACAUUGAUGUUCCGUUGACAGACUCUUCUAAUUCCUUCGACAAACUUCCCAUCGAUGAGUUGGUACAGGGUGCCGAUCCAGAUGCCAUGGAUGUAGAUGAGGCCGAUGACCUUGAUGAGGCUCCUGUGGUCCAGGAUUAUGGAAUCGAGGUCGACUUUGACUCUCUUGGAGAGACACUCAAGGAAGAAGCCGAUGAUAAGCUCGAGGAUGAGUUGCUAGAAAAGGUUCGCGUUCUCAACAGUGAGCUCGAUAAAAUGGCACCGAAUACUCGCGCCAUGGAGCGCCUCGAGACGGUCGAGAACAAGCUUCGUAGCACUGAGCAGGACUUUGAGGAUGCGCGCAAGCAAGCCCGAAAGGCCAAGGAUGGGUUCGAGGCAGUGAUGAAGAAGCGCUCCGAUCUCUUUAACAAGGCCUUUGCACACAUUUCAGAACAAAUUGGCCCUAUCUACCGAGAAUUGACGCGCAGUGCCAACUAUCCGCUGGGCGGACAAGCUUACCUUGAUAUCGAGGACUCGGAUGAGCCUUACCUUGAUGGAAUUAAAUACCACGCCAUGCCUCCUCUGAAGCGUUUCCGUGAUAUGGAGCAUCUUUCUGGUGGCGAGAAGACCAUGGCCGCACUUGCCCUACUGUUUGCAAUCCACUCAUAUCAACCUUCUCCAUUCUUCGUGCUGGACGAGGUUGAUGCGGCUCUCGAUAACACCAAUGUUGCCCGCAUUGCCAAUUACAUCCACGACCACGCCGCCCCCGGUAUGCAGUUCAUUGUUAUCAGUUUGAAGACUGGACUGUUCCAGAACAGUGAGGCACUAGUCGGAAUCUACAGAGAUCAAGUGGAGAACAGCAGUAAAUCCCUGACUCUUGAUCUCCGCAAAUACACCUGA